AUGGCGAGAAUACCGUGGUUGUUGUUUGUGCACGCUUCGCGCCUGGCCCCAUCGUUUGACAUCAGUCCUCACUACAACUUUGCCAGUCUCCUCGGUUCCUGGGAUACUGAGGAGUCAAAGGAGGAGCUUGCCACGGCGACAAUCACCAUUCGCGGCGGGUACUCUGCGCAAGUGCUGCCGAUCAUUGAAGCCUCGAUCGAGGGCGUCCUCCGCAUGUUCUGUGAGGAAGGCUCGAUCCUGAUAUUCACCGAGCGGCUAGUAAGCGACGUGGGAGGUGGCAGCUACUCUAUGACCGUGGAGUUCCAAAUACUGCCCCCGCGCGAUGGAGGUGGUGACUGCGCAUGGGAGCUCCGUGCUGCAGCACAGGGUGCAGAUGCACCACCGUUCGAUGAGUGCGAUGGGUACUGUCCGCGACAGAAGCCUUUGUUCAGACGGGCCUUGGAGAACCAAAUUUGGAUGUAUCCGUCUACACGUUCAAUGGCAACUGCAAGCUGGUACGUGCGCAUGUUCAGCAUCUUCUGCCACCGACUGGAAGUGGUCCGGCCGCGCAAUUUCCCUGCGAUGCAAGCACAGGACUGGCGCUGCGAGGAUUUCUUCGUUGAGGCCACUGCUCACCCUCCAGAUCCUGGCGCUGUGACGACAACCUCUGCAGCUGGGGGAGAACUCACGACAACGAGGGAUGUGGUUUCUUCCGAUGACCCUUGCUCCUGGAUUUCGUCCCCCUGCCUUUGUGCCACCGUCACUGCGUGUUCUUGGGUCAACAACCUCAACAGCUGCGUUCAGGUCCCAGUCCCGCACAGCAACCAGGAGCGAUGUGGCUUUUGCCCGACACUGCCUUGGUGCAAUCCAAGUCCCGUGCAAGAGUGCCCAACGGCGCUGACAAUCUGCAGCUGCUCACUCAUGGGGCCGAAAUGCAACUGGACUUUAGACUCUGGCCGUUGUUUUGCACCAGCGGCAGGGCCCACAGGGGUUCCAUGCAGCCUCUGUCCCCUCUCAACGGCGAACUGCCCGCGGCCGAUUGUCACUUCCAUUACGCCUCCAGCAGAUGCCUUAUUGGGCUUUGGUGAGCUGGGCUACGACCUGACAAUUUCCUUUGAUAGACCGGUCCGCUUUCCACGACCCAGCGACACAAUCGUUGGAAAUAUAUAUCUGGACUGCGAGCUGGAGGAGGGGCAGUACCUUCCCUGGGAUGCGCCGCAAGGUGCCACACUGCGCAUUGAGGUUCCUGCGGCGAAGCGUAUCAUCCUGAGUGGUGGACUCCAGGUACGUCUGCAGCUGAGCAACCACUCCUUCUGGUCUCGAUACCUUUGCACCCUCAACAUUCAGGAUGGAGCAAUGGUGGACGUGGUCGAGGAUGUUCCCUGUGUUGCGGCGAGUUGGCACCGGGCCGCAAUGAGCGACAACGUUGGGCCACUUGCCACAACCAUUACCCCGCAGACUGGCCUACGCGACGUAGCCCUCGAUACUGCAGAAGCUACGAUCAAGUUCAACGAGCCUGUUUUUCUCAUGCUGCAGGAGGUAACAAUAUACCGACUGGACCCGAACAGUGGUCCAGAGCGUUAUGAUGAGGUCGGCAAAUUGCCGGCCACCAUGACCGACACCGUGGAGUUGAUUGAGACCCUCAAGAUCUCCUUGAGCGCCAUUGAGCUGGACAACGACGCUGUGUACAGCUUGCAGCUUCCAGAAGGUCUGGUGGUAGACCGUGCCAACAACAGAUUCAAAGGGUUGGAGGCUGGCACAUGGGCGUUCCGCACAGAAGUUGGCACCAGGCUUCAGCGUGUGAACUUCGGCCUUGGCGCUGGAGCGGUGGCAGGAAUUGUGGCUGGCAUCGUGCUGCUUGCAGCGGCUGUGGCCGGUAUCCUCAUCUUCUUUCGCUGGAAAGUUGUCAAGAAGUAUGAAGAUCGCAGCGUGAGACCCAUGGAAGGCAGCACGCCAAAGGCCUCGCAAGUGCAGACGCUUCACAACGAUGCAGCCGCUUUGCAAGACGUUGGACCACGCUG